CCACUCUCUUGCAUAAUUGAUUCCCCUGACCUGACGUUGACCCAAAAUGGCGGAAGGUCUGAUCCAAAUCGGAGUGGUGGGCUGCGCCGACAUCGCCCGGAAGGUCUCCCGCGCCAUCAGCCUGGCCCCCAACGCCGCACUCUGCGGCGUCGCCAGCCGGUCCUUGGAAAAAGCCUCCGCAUUCGCCGCCGCCAACAACUUGCCUCUCUCGGCCAAAGUGUACGGCUCCUACGAGGCCCUUCUGGAGGACCCUGACGUGGACGCCGUUUACAUGCCACUCCCCACCACUCUCCAUCUCCACUGGGCCCUCCUGGCGGCCCAAAACAAGAAGCACUUACUCCUGGAGAAGCCCGUCGCACUCCACGUCGCCCAGUUCGACCGCAUUCUUGAGGCCUGCCAAUCCAAUGGGUUGCAGUUCAUGGAUAACACCAUGUGGGUCCAUAACCCCAGGACCGCUGCCAUGGCCCAAUUCCUCAACGAUGCGCACCGUUUUGGUAAUCUCAAAUCGGUUCGCACAUGCUUUACAUUUGCAGCAGAUCCUGCUUACCUGAAGAACGACAUUCGUGUGAAGGCAGAUCUUGAUGCCCUUGGUUCUCUAGGUGAUCAAGGGUGGUAUUGCAUAAGGGCAAUUUUGUUGGCUGCCAACUAUGAAUUGCCCAAAACAGUGCUUGCUUCUUAUGAACCUGUGCUUAACAAAGAUGGGGUCAUAUUGGAUUGUGGGGCUUCUCUCUACUGGCAAGAUGGGAGAGUAGCAACCUUCCAUUGCUCCUUCUUGGCAAACUUAACAAUGGACAUAACAGCUAUUGGGACUAGAGGAACUCUUCAUGUGCAUGACUUUGUUAUCCCUUAUCAUGAGAAGGAGGCAUCUUUUUUGGCUGGUACACAAACCAGCUUUGAUGAUCUUGUCACAGGCUGGGCUAAACAGCCGGAAAAGCAUACAGUCCACACUGAUCUCCCUCAGGAGGCUCUUUUGGUCAGAGAAUUUGCUCGCUUGGUGGGGGAAAUUAAGUUCAAAAACUCUAAGCCUGAUAACAAGUGGCCAACAAUUAGUAGGAAAACACAACUGGUAUUGGAUGCUGUCAAGGCUUCAAUUCAGAGGGGGUUUCAGCCUGUUCAGAUUCACCACUAAACGAGUCUCCACUGUGAGCUCCUUUUUCUGUUGUGCAUUCCAAAUAAAAAUCCGUUCUUCAUUGGAUUAUGUAUUUCUGAACUCUUCAUUUCUGCCACAUGCAGCUUAUUAUUCUGUAAAAUACAACCAUUCUAAUUGAUAAAUUUUAUGUCUUUCAAGUGUCUUAA